GCCGAAUCAAACGACCCAAAAGAGUGCGAGCUGAUUGUGGCUUGACGGGUGCCACUACAGCACAUCCGUCAGCUCUGGAUUGGUAAUCUUGGCCCAGCGACGCAAUCCCUGCGCUACUCCUGCGCACCGCCAAAACAGACGCAGGACCCCUGCCUCGCUCCCUUAAUUGGGACGGGCGAACCACGACUCAGGUCUCCAAAUGAUUGAAAUAUCCAACUCAUCCACCUUGACUGUCUCGAGUUUUCACUUGCUUGGCGGAGUUGAAGACGGUCAACCCCAAAAGACGACUUCACAAUGGAGACUUCAUCACAACGCCGCAAGGCCUGCGACUUGUGUUUCCUCAAGAAGAUCAAGUGCGACAUGCUCAAGCCGGCCUGCUCAAAUUGCCUGCUGUAUAAGUCCGAGUGCCGCACCACCACAGUCCGCCGCAGAGUAGUACCGACGAAAGAGCGCCAACAACGGCCAAAAGAAACUACCGCGGGAGAGUGCGUUGAUACAAAAUCCUCAAAUCGUAGGAAUUUACCAGCUGACGAUGCUCCCCAUAGCCCGAAAAGAGUGGCAGAGUUGGAGAGCCGCUUGGCAAAGAUUGAAGAACAGCUGCAGCGCGCACUGGAUGCGAAUAUUCGCCUUUCCAGCCAAGUUCCGGCCUCGGCACCAGUACCAGCACCAGCACCAGAACCAGCACCAGCACCAGCAUCAGUCCAGCCUGCAACGAUUACAGACACCAUCGAGUUGCCCCUGGACAAUGCCGGCGACUCAACCGACAGCACCGAGUUCAUCAAUGCCUUUUCCUGUAGCGAAAGCCCGAGCGAGUGGGUGGUCGAGACGGAGAAGCCGAAACUGCCGCCGCUGGAGGAAAUCAUGCCCGUUAUUGACGAAUUCUUCAACCGGUACAACUCCAUUAUGCCGCUCUUCGACCAGCCGACCUUUAUGCGCAUGCUCUCCGACUGGUAUUCGCCUUCUACCUCUCACUCGUCCGCCGCAUGGGCAGCCAUCAACAUCGCCCUAGCAUUAGGAUACCGCUGCACGUUGAAGCAGUCUGGAAAUCUGGAUGCCCUAGUGGACGACCAGAAGGUGCUGCACCACAUGCGCAACGUGCAGUCUGUCGUGUCCGACUUGGUGACGCGAGAGGAGGAUCUGCUAGGAAUCCAGGUCCUCGUGGGCAUGGUCGUUCUCUUUCAAGGGACAAAAGACCCCAAGCCAGCCUCAGUCCUCAUCGGGACGGCUAUCCGGCUGGCGCAUCGGCUACACCUCCACGACAAGGAGUCCCUCCAGUACUUCCCGGCUGCGGUUGCCCGGCAGAGGUCACGGCUUUUUUGGAUUACAUACUGCAUGGACAAGGACAUCAGUCUGAGGUCAAAAACACCUUCGUUCCAGCUGGAUGCAGAUAUCGACCUGCCGCUGCCGGAGCUGGACCCGGACGACGGGGCCGGCGUCAUGGCUGCGUCCAAUGGCAGCAAGUUCAACUUCUUCCGGGCGAGGGUCGAGCUCAGCCACAUCGCGGGUAAGGUGUACGACCUCCUGUACAGCACCAGGUCGCGAAAGGUGGCAAAGUCGGAAGCGCAGCUGCGGGUGACACGGCUGGAGGAGAUGCUCGAGACGUGGCGCCGCAACGUGCCUGCAGAAUUCCAGCUCGCAUCGCUGCUCGAGUACGCCGAGCCGCUCCCGGCGGUGCACCUUUCGCUUCUGUACCACAACUUCUUCGUGAUCACCGUCAUGGUCCACGGCAUUUACUCGCACGAUGCGGACUGGGUGCAGAGAAUCAGUUCGUAUGGCCGAGCGGCGAUACAAGACCUGGAUGGAGUGGGACAACCGCAUAGCCGGCAGGACGCACCGUUGCCGCCGGGGUGGGCAAAGUGCGUGGAGCUCAGCCGGGACUGCAUGAAUCUGUUUGUGGAAUCGCCCAAGACAGACUGCAGCAUCUGGUCCAACGCGUGUGCGCACUUUUCGGGGCUCAUCAUUAUUCUAUCCAACAUGUUUGUGUUCCCAGAGCACCCGAAUAUACCGACGGACAAGGAGCUCGCAGAACAGGCGAUUCAGAUGUUUGAUAUGAUGCUGCGUAUAUCGGCAAACGAAGACUUUCGCAAGUUGCAUGAGGUGGUCAGGGAGCUACACCGGCGGGCCAUGGCGACGGUGGACAAGGUGGCGCGGAAGAGAGAAGAACAAGCGGCUGCGGCUGCGGCCGCGGCGGUGGAGGCCAUGGACAGUUCGCUGCCGUUUGGGGUGCAAUUCGAAGAGGAUGUGAGUUUCUUUGGGGACGCAAGCAUGGCGGACUUUACAGGGCCUUUUGCUGGAGGCGUCAUGGAGGAGUCACCGAUGACUGUGGAUUCAGAGACGGCAGAUACGUUGGAGGGCUUCGAGGGGCACUUGGGUCGUGCAGCUGCAACGGUUGGGCAUAGCCAUUAUUAAGGCUGGAAGUGAUAUUUCAUCGGCGUUGGUGGCUUGAUGAGGAGUUUGAGGUGUCAAUGAUGUCUAGUGGGUGUGGCUUGUCAUAGCUCUCUUGCGGCUACUAGAUAAAAGGCGAAUGGAGCUCAAUAGAGCAAAUGAAUACAA